AUGAUCAAUCUUCGUCUCGGAUUGUUAUUAUUCGUAAUUACUACGGUCAGUGUCAUCAAUGCCGUACCAGCAAAACCCACAAAAUACGAGUUGUAUGUUGGACAGUAUUUCCAUCUCGAUUUUCCAACCAAGGUAAGAUUUGAACAAUUUUUUAUGAGAAAUUCUGAAAAAAAUAGGACAAAUUUUUUAAAUUUGUGUUCAAAAAACAAAAAAAAAUCCUAAUAAAAUAAAAUUUUUGCAGAGCGUCACCAUCCCGAAAUCUCCAAAAUGGACAGUUUUCUCAAAUGAUUCAGUUUUCCAAGGAAUCCCAACCGAAAACGAUGUUGGAACAUACAGUGUAGAAAUCCGCCCAAAAUCUGGAAAACCCUACACCGUUGAGUUGGUUGUCAAAGAGGAAUCGGAAAGUGAAUGUGGAGCCAAGGAAACAUUUUGGAUUGAAGCUGGAUACGAAAUCGAGAACACUGUGGAGAAUCGCAUUGAAGCAGCCAUCGAUUUGGAAGAGGAUAAAGAGCCGAGUCUUCGAGUUUAUUCGCUCAAAUAUUCGCGAUCCAUCAGAACUGUUGAAGAUUUCAUGAGUGAGAAGCCGGAAGGAAAUUUUGUUGUUGUUUGGAAAGUUUCAUGUGACGACACAGAUGAAGCCACAUCUCGUCUUGAUGAAUUUAUUCAAAAAGAAGAUGUUGAAUAUGACACUGUUGUUUUGACAAAGGGACAUUUUACCAACACCAAAGUCGAGAGAAAUCAAUAUGGUAUUGUUAACGUGGAUGUUGAUGACAAAGCUGGAGAGGAAGAGGAAGAUGAAGAGAUCUUUGAAACUGAUGCUGAGAAAUUGCGAACUACUACCGAAGCUGUUGUUAGAACCACAAGAAAGAUCGGAGAUAAUCAACCAGUUGUUCUCAAUUCAUUGAAAUCGUAUACUUGUGUCAGAGGAUCGUACUGUGAACUUCGAGUUCCUGCUGAAACAUUCAAGGAUGUGGAGGAUGGUGAUACUUUCAAAUUGAAUCUUACUAUUCAUUCCACUGAUGGUUCUGAAAUCUGGAUGGUCACUGGUUCAAAAGGAAUGACUGGUGUUCCGAUGAACGCCGGUGAAUUCUAUUAUCGAUUGGAAGCCAAAGACAAAGCUGGACAAUCUGCUGUCACACCAUUCUCAGUCACCGUCAAACCAUCACUUCCAAGCAAUCAUCGCGUUGAAUUCGAAUUGGAUAAACCAAGACCAGAACAAAUGGCAACUGAUCCAUCAAAGAGAAACAUGUUGGUGAAAUCAAUGGCAAGAGCAAUGGGACGGAAAGAUGAGAAAGAGAUUACUCUUCAUGAUAUCAGAGGAAAGGAAAACAAGACAAUUAUUGUUUGGAGUAACAAUACUCUUCCAUACAAUGUUUGUCAUGAGGAAGGAAUCAAUGCGAUGGAAGAAAGAAUGAUCAUCAAAAAUAAAAUGAGAACCAAGCUCGAAUUCGUCAAAGCUAUGGGCAACUUGUUCUAUCUUAGACAAGCUCACGUUUUCCGAACUGGUAACUGCGAACAAGAUGUUGAAGUCAGCACAACUGCCCCAACCAUUCAAUCUGUACAAGAAGCUGAUUCUCAAUUGAUCGUCAUCAGUGGAGUUUUGAUUGUUCUUCUUCUCGUUGCCAUUGCUGUGAUUUUAUACUGCGCUUGCUUGAAGAAAACCACCAAGAAGGUUAGUUUUUUUUUAAAGAAAUGACAUACAAAAAUGUUCCAUUUUCCAGAAGACAACCUCAACAGAAUAUGUUGGCAAAGGACUUCCAGUUGUCUUCCCAGAUGAGGUUGAAGAUAACGAUCACGCGAAUGCCGGAACACCAAUGUUGGCAAGAGAAGAACGCCCACCACUCAAAGUCUCGCAACACGAAAACCCACUCUACAAGCCACCACCACCGAUGAUUAGCAACAAUUCGCCAAGAUUGGGACACACCUCAACAUCCUCACACCAAAAAUUGCCACCACCAUUUAUCCCACCUUAA